GCGACACCCUUGUCUCUGCUGAUUUCUCCGGGCUCCCUGGGGCCCUCGGCAGGCUUCACUGAAGAGCCUGCGGAGCCACCCCGGGUUCCCGCACCACCCUCCGCCCCGACUCCGUCCGUACCGCGACUCCCAGGCAAAGCGAGGAGGAGCGAGGAGGACUUGUCGCGACUCCGCGCCGUGUGUCGCCGGGCGGGGCCGCGGGGCCGGGGCUCCUCCAGCCCCCGGGAUGCGCGCGCGAGCCCUCGCCUCCCCGUCCCGGCUGCCCCUGGAGCGAUUGGAGCCGCGUGUCGCCGACUGCGGGGAGCGCGAGUGCGCCGCCGCUCCGCCCGCUCGUCCAGCCCCCGGGCCGGGCGCCGCCGGGAAUGUGAGCCGCGCGGCUCGCACGCUGCUCGGGCCAUGGAUGCAUCAUAUGAUGGUACUGAGGUAACUGUCGUGAUGGAGGAAAUUGAGGAAGCCUACUGUUAUACCUCCCCUGGGCCACCCAAGAAGAAGAAAAAGUACAAAAUCCACGGAGAAAAGGCCAAGAAACCCAGGUCAGCUUACCUUCUUUACUAUUAUGACAUUUACCUGAAAGUACAGCAGGAGCUCCCUCACCUCCCUCAGUCUGAGAUCAAUAAGAAGAUCAGUGAGAGCUGGCGACUUCUUAGCGUGGCUGAGAGGAGUUACUACUUGGAGAAAGCCAAGCUAGAAAAAGAAGGUUUGGAUCCUAACUCUAAGCUCUCCACACUGACUGCUGUGGUUCCGGAUAUCCCAGGUUUCCGAAAGAUCCUCCCCCGCUCAGAUUACAUCAUCAUUCCCAAGAGCAGCCUUCAGGAGGAUCGGAGCUGUCCUCAGCUCGAACUGUGCGUGGCCCAGAACCAGAUGUCCUCUAAAGGAUCCUCUCUCGUGCCCAACACUGCCCUGGAGACAGUGUCCAGCCAUGCAGGCAUGGCAGAGCAGUGCCUGGCUGUGGAGGCCCUUGCCGAGGAGGUGGGCAGCCUUGCCCAGCCAGGUGCUGUGCAGGAGAUUGCCACCUCAGAGAUCCUCAGCCAGGAUAUGCUUCUGGAGGAGGCUUCCCUGGAGGUGAGGGAGAGCCACCAGGCUUACCAGACAAGCUUGGUAAUCGAAGAAAGCUUGGUGAAUGACUCGCCAGACCUCCCCACCGGAAGCCUGGCUGUGCCCCAUGCCCAGGUGGGGGAGAGCAUGUCAGUGGUAACCGUCAUGAGGGAUUCUACUGAGAGUAGCUCCUCAGCGCCAGCCACACAAUUCAUCAUGCUGCCUCUUCCUGCCUACUCAGUAGUGGAGAACCCCACCUCCAUCAAACUGACUACCACAUAUACCCGUCGGGGUCAUGGAACAUGCACCAGCCCAGGUUGCUCCUUUACAUAUGUCACCAGGCACAAACCACCUAAGUGCCCUACCUGUGGUAACUUCCUAGGAGGGAAGUGGAUCCCAAAGGAAAAGCCAGCCAAAGUCAAAGUGGAAUUGACUUCUGGUGUCUCCUCUAGAGGCUCUGUGGUUAAAAGAAAUCAGCAGGCUGUCAACACCGAGCAAAGUUCCCCUAAAGAGAACACCUCCAAACUUGCUCUGGAGAACUCGGAAGCUGUAAGCCAGCUCCUCAGUUUAGCUCCUUCAAGAGAAGUGGGUGAGGACAAUGAGUGGGAGGAAGUGAUCAUCUCAGAUGCCCAUGUUUUGGUCAAGGAAGCUCCUGGGCAUCGAGGUACAGCAGUCACUAAGACGCCGUUGGUUAAGAGUGGUGUGCAGCCUGAGGUCGCUCUGGGGACAGCUGAGAAUGACAGUCCUGAACCAGACGUACUACCGCCAGCUGAGGGGACCAGCACCUUCAGUCCACUUCCUGUUUCUAAAAAGCCUUCAGGAGUUGACCUGCUUUCCCCUGGCCCUAGAGCCCCAGAGCUCAAAGGCCGAGCACGGGGUAAGCCCUCCCUACUGGCUGCAGCAAGACCCAUGAGAGCGAUCCUUCCUGCCCCAACUAAUGUGGGGCGAGGGGGCAGCAUGGGACUGCCCAGGGCCAGGCAGGCCUUUCACCUGAGCGAUAAGACUUCCUCUGUGAGGACUUGUGGCCUGAAGCCAAGCACGCUGAAGCAGCUGGGCCAGCCCGUCCAACAGCCGUCUAACACUGGUGAAGUGAAGCUACCAAGUGGUCCGGCCAACGGGACGUCUCAGGUGAAAGUCGUCGAGGUCAAGCCCGAUAUGUUUCCUCCGUAUAAGUACAGCUGCACUGUCACACUGGAUUUGGGUCUGGCCACAUCAAGAGGCCGGGGGAAGUGCAAGAAUCCCUCUUGCAGCUAUGUCUACACCAACCGGCACAAACCUCGGAUUUGUCCCAGUUGUGGUUUUAACCUUGCCAAAGACCGGACAGAGAAAACCACCAAAGCUCUCGAGGUGAGCUCACCUCUCCCAGAGGUGCUGAGUGCCAGGGAACCCCUGAGUGCCCCCCAGAGGGAGAUCCAGCGCCAGUCCACGCUGCAGCUGCUGCGCAAGGUCCUGCAGAUUCCCGAGAAUGAGUCAGAGCUGGCCGAGGUCUUUGCCUUGAUUCAGGAACUCAACAGCUCUCGACUCAUCCUGUCCAACGUGAGUGAGGAGACAGUCACCAUCGAGCAGACCUCUUGGUCGAAUUACUAUGAAUCUCCGUCCACGCAGUGCCUUCUCUGUAGCAGCCUAUUAUUCAAAGGGGGACAAAACUCUCUAGCUGGACCCCAGGAAUGCUGGCUGCUGACAGCCAACCGGUUACAGGUGGUGACUGCCCAGGUGAAGAUGUGUCUGAAUCCCCAUUGCCUGGCCCUACACAGCUUCAUGGACAUUUAUACAGGUCUUUUUAAUGUGGGAAACAAGCUCUUGGUGAGCCUGGACUUGCUUUUUGCAAUCCGAAACCAGAUCAAACUAGGAGAAGACCCCAGGGUGUCCGUCAACACUGUUCUGAAGUCUGUGCAGGAGCAAACAGAGAAGACUCUGACCCCAGAGGAGCUGCGCCAGCUACAGGAGCUGCUAUGCAAUGGCUACUGGGCUUUCGAGUGCCUCACUGUCCGAGACUACAAUGACAUGAUCUGCGGCAUUUGUGGUGUGGCCCCCAAAGUGGAAAUGGCCCAGAGGAGUGAAGAGAAUGUGCUGGCACUGAGGAGUGUGGAGUUCACCUGGCCUGAGUUCUUGAGCUCCAAUGAGGUCAAUGCAGAGGACUUCUGGGCCACAAUGGAGACCGAGGCAAUCGAGCAGGUGGCCUUCCCCACCAGCAUCCCCAUCACCAAGUUUGAUGCCUCUGUUAUUGCCCCCUUCUUCCCACCACUCAUGAGGGGAGCUGUGGUUGUCAACACGGAGAGAGACAAAAACCUGGAUCUGCAGCCAGCACCUGGUGAUGGCAGUGCCUUGGUGAGGCUGCUCCAGGAAGGGGCCUGCAGGGUGGAGGAACUCAGCUCCUACAGUGAGGAAGACCUGCGGCACCUGCUGCAGCAGUGCAGCAUCCCCUUCAGGGAAGAGGACUCCAAGGACCAGCUCUGCUUCUCCUUGCUGGCCCUCUACAAAUCUAUCCAGAAUGGAUCCAGAGCCAGACAGCCCCCACCUCAUCUCACAGGGGGCAAAAUCUACAAGGUGUGCCCCCACCAGGUGGUCUGUGGCUCCAAGUACCUUGUCCGGGGUGAGAGCGCCCUGGACCACGUGGAUCUGCUCGCCUCUUCACGCCACUGGCCACCUGUCUACGUGGUGGACAUGGCCACGCCAGUGGCCCUGUGUGCUGACCUCUGCUACCCAGAACUGACCAACGGGAUGUGGGGGAGGAACCAGGGUUGCUUCUCUAGCCCCACAGAGCCGCCUGUGAAUGUGUCCUGCCCAGAACUCUUGGACCAGCAUUACGCUGUGGACAUAACAGAGGCUGAGCAUUCCUUCCAGCAUCCGGUCACCAAGACCACCACACGUCGUAUUGUCCAUGCGGGCACACAGCCCAGCCCCGAUGACCCCAGUGCCGAACACCACUCGUUGGCCCUGUGCCCCGAGCUGGCACCCUACGCAGCCAUCCUGGCCUCCAUCUCAGACAGCAAGCCACACAGUGUCCGACAGCGGCCCAUUGCCUUUGACAACGCCACCCACUAUUACCUCUAUAACCGCCUCAUGGACUUCCUCACCAGCCGUGAGAUCGUCAACCGGCAGAUCCACGACGUUGUGCAGAGCUGCCAGCCUGGCGAAGUGGUUAUCCGAGACACCCUGUACCGACUUGGGGUGGCUCAGAUCAAGACGGAGACCGAGGAGGAGGGAGAGGACGAGGAAGCGGCUGUGUCGGCAGAGUAGAUGGCCACAUCCCCAUAAAGGACAGCAUGUCUCUCUCAAGCCAUAGUGAGGCCUGGCCCAGGUGUGUGUGUGUGUGUGGGGGGGUCUCAAAUGCUGGGACUGACCAAAGAGCUUUCAUUUCCUGAGCAUGUUGGGGUCCCCUUCUAGCCCUAACCUGGGCACCAGUACACUUCCUGACUAAUCCAGUAGCACUUGGGGUACAUGAUGCUUCCAGCAGAGGGGAAGCAGGGGAGCCUGGUGGUUCCCUGGGCUGACUAAGGUGGGUCAGGUAGAGGUCCUGGUGGGCUGAGGCAGACUGGGAGGAUGGGGGGGGGGGUGGGGGGUGGCUGUGAAGUGUCUUCCCCCUGCCCAGGGAGUGCCAUGUCCAGUCCCUGGAGUCACAUUUCCUCUAAGUCUAAUGCCUUUGACUCAGGGCCUUGUGGCCCCAUUAGCUCUGGGGCCCCAUUUGGUUCUUGACUCCUGACGAGUGGAGCAUGUUUUCCUCCCAUUCUUCUGUACCCAGUGGGGAAACCGGAGGGGUGCAGGCAGCCACUGUUCUUCCAAGAGCAUCCUCUCCACUCCGUGCUUGAAGAAGAGAGUCCUCUUCCUCCUUUCCCUGGCCACUGCUGCCCCAUCUACAUCCUCUCUGGGCCUGGGACCCCCACCACAGAGGGGAUGUGGCCUGCGGGCGAGACAUGACCUGGCAGCAGUAGGAGAAACUCCCUUCUGUGAAGGGGAAGCAGACUGGGUGGGUAGGGCACAGCAGGACUGCUCAGCGCCUAGAGUCUGCUAGGGCCCAGGGAUUGGCCAUGCGUUAUUUAAUUUAUUGAGAGGAGUGGAGCAGGUGGCUUUUCUCCCCCCUCCUUCCCCAGAUCAGAAUAAAGUUUAUUAAAUUAUUCGGUUUUGGUGAAGCAAGAA